UCCGCGGGCAGCGAUGCGGAAGGGGCCGGGUCCGCCUCGGCCGGCUCCGGCGGCGGCCGCGGGCGGGAGGAAGAAGAGUAAUAGGAAAAUAAUGGCGAAAACGAAGAAAACAGAGCAAACGGUGCCGCGGCGCAGCCAUAGCAUAGCGGUGGCGGCAGCGGCUGCAGCAGCUGAGCGGGCAGCCGCCACGCAGGCGGCCGAGGAGGCGGCUCGCCGCGCCCGCCACCUGAAGGAGCUCUCCGGCGCGUCGGGCCCCGAGCGGGAGCUGGAGGAGCUGGUGUUCGGCGACAGCCUCUACGUGGAGGAGGAUGACUUGCUGCAGCGCCUCGCCGGCCCCCACAGGCUUAAUGCUCCAGAGGGGGAAACUCUCCAGGAAGACUCCAGUGAUUCAGAAGUAGAAAAUGAAGCAAAAGGUAAUUUACUGACGAAAAAGCCAGCCUGGGUGGAUGAAGAUGAUGAAGCAGAGGAAAAUGUUGAUAUGACCCAUAGAUAUAGGAAAGACUUCAUGAAAAGUGAUGCUGAGAAGACACUUACUAAGAAAAAGCUAAAAAGAAGGCUUGAAGAACAGUUUCAGCGAGCUAUGGGAGGAGUUCCUGCCUGGGCUGACUUGGAAAACAGGAAGAAAUCCAAAAAGACUGCAAGUGAUAGUGAGAGCGAUGAAGAUGAUGAUCUGCUACGCAGGACUGGCAAUUUUGUAACUAAUUCAGAGUCCCUGCCAAGAGGUAUUUUGAAGAUGGGGAUCUGCUUGCCUGCUAACCAGGAACGUUUUGCUAAUGGAAGACUGGCAACUGUGCAGUUUCAUCCAUCUGCCCAAGUAGUCAUGACUGCUGGCCAUGAUCGAUCUGUGUCGCUCUUUCAGGUUGAUGGUAUAAAGAAUCCAAAAAUACAGAGCAUCUACUUAGAGAGUUUUCCAAUUUAUAAGGCUUGCUUCAGUGUUGAUGGGGAACAUGUCAUAGCCACUGGUACUCACCACAGAAUGUUCUUUGUGUAUGACAUGAUGAGUGGAAAUAUCAUUCCUAUACAGAAAGUAAGAGGUGUGGAUGAAAGAUUCCUCAGAAGCUUUGAACUCUCUCCAGAUGGAUCAUUUAUGCUUGUAACUGGAACUUCAGGUUACCUUCACUUGUUGUCAAUGAAGACAAAGGAACUGAUUAGCACUAUGAAGGUAAACGGAAGAUGCACCGCAUCAGCUUUCACUCCAGACAGCAGUAAAAUAUAUAGCUAUUCAAAGGAAGGCGAAGUUUUCAUUUGGGAUGUGAGGAGCAGAAAGUGUCUACACAAAUUUGAAGAUGAAGGUUCUUUGGAAGGGAAGUGCAUCGCUGUUUCAAAAAAUAACCAGUAUGUGGCAUGUGGUUCAGCUUCUGGAGUUGUAAAUUUGUAUACUACCGAUGGCUGUCUCAAAGAACACCGUCCUAAACCAGUCAAAGCCAUAAUGAACCUCGUUACAUCUGCUACAUGUGUCACCUUCAAUCCCACCACGGAAAUCCUGGCAGUGGCUUCCCGUGAAACCGAUGAGGCUGUCAAACUGGUACACAUUCCUUCAUAUACUGUAUUUUCAAACUUCCCAGUGUUCAGAAGAAAACAGAUUUAUCUCGCUCAAUCUAUGGACUUUUCUCCCAGAAGUGGCUUUUUCUCUAUAGCAAAUAACAAAGGCAAAGCUUUGUUGUUUAGGUUGAAACAUUAUUCAGAUUUUUAAAAGAAGAUACAGGAGAAGAUGGAGCAGUAACUGAGGUAUUGUAACCUGCAGAUACAAGUAUGCUGGCAAAAUCAAACAAGUUCUUUUUUAUUUUAUAUGGAAGCUAAAAAAAGUACAAACAUAUUGUCUGUGUUUUUCAAUGUUUUUCCUUAAUAAAUGUACCUGAUAAGGUUUCAGGCAAGUUGUUUCAACUUCAUACUUUUUCCAAUCUUUUAUGUAAGCACGUAGACUUUAAUGGCUGGCAUUCAAGCUAAUGUCUUCAAGAAGCACUUAAAUAUCUUUAGUUAUUAUGAGCGUAUGAAGUAUUCCAGUACUGAAACAGAAAAUACUACUUUUGUGUAAACUCUAACCUCUGCUCCGUGCAUUCGGCUUGAGCUUUCAUUCAUUUGAGGCUGGGUUGGAAAAGCAUUUUGCUGGCUGGAGGAACAAAUUAAUAUGAAGCCCUGGUGGUGUAGUUCAGCUCAACUUACUGGGCCAGCUAUAGCCUAAAGACAGUCUAAACCAGUAUGUGAGCAAUACCACUAUCAGUUGUGCUUAAUGCCUCCUAAGAGUCACGAAGACAACAGUUUCUAAUGUGGUAUGCAUUCCUAAGGAAGACUCCAUUCUUAGCUUUCUGUGAAAGCAAAGCGUCCUGACUAUACAUCAUGCUUGAUUUUUAAAUGAGUUGUGAAAUUGUAACCAGUAGGGUCACCUAGCAAGGACUGCUUUACAGCCCUUGUUGCUGGGUCUUCAUCUGGUGCCAGAUAGAACACUUCUCAUCACUUUGUUCCCGAAGUGGCUACCUCUUUUCUUUUUUGAAUACAUGGACAAAAAGUUGACCAGGAAUCUGCUACAAUAAAAAUCCUGCUUUAAGAAUAAAUUGUGACUAAUAUGUCCGUCCACUUCACAUGAAGCUUUUUGGACAGUAACAUCCAAGAGCUGAGAUGCUGAAAGUGUUUUAUGCCUUCACUAGAGGGCAGCCCUUAACCACUUAUGUGGAGGCUUGACUGCUUCAUGACACUGAACAGUUUGUCCUGUGACAGCACUGUUGAGGGGUGAGGUUUUGGUUGUGGUUAUUGACACAAUUUGCCUUUUUAAAAUAAUCUCUGUAUUUCACCAUUAGGAAGGUUUCAGUAGUGUGACUUCAUCCAUAAAAUUGUUAAAUCAUUUUAAAUCAAAGUCUUCUAACAGGUUUUAAAAUAUAUUGUCUCUUACCAUAUCUCACUGAAGUAGUGGUGGAGUAUAUUUAUUACUGUUUAAUCCACUUGUCCUGAGCCUCUGCUGCUCUUUGCACAGUAUGUGCUUCUCCAGUUUACCCAAGAAAAAAAUAAUCCCAAAUCCAGUGAUUCAAAGCCAUAUAGGAAGUCACUGGCAGAAUUGGAAUUUGAAAUAAUGUGUUCCUGGGCUUGUUUAGUUAACAAACACAACUGUUUCUGGUGUUCUUUGCCCAUUGUCAGAGGUCUGGAUUGGAUGGAGCAGGAGAGUAAAUGGAAAAGAUGGUGCAUAUUCCUUGUGUCACUGCAAAUGAUUUCAAAUAGUGACAGGAAAGAAGGAGAGAUUAAACAAUUGUUUCUGCAAAUUUGUAUGCUGUAAGUUGCAAAUACAAAGCUCUGCACUGAGGUGUGGGGAGCACUGCAGAACAGCAAUGUUUAAGCUUUGUACUAAAUGCCUUGAUUCUUGCUGUUGCAUUUUUGUCUUCUGGAAGACAUAACUUAUGGCCCCAUCCAGUAUAAUAUCAGGAAGACUUUUGCCUUCAGAAGUAAAGGAAACCUCAGGGUGCCUGUUGUGUUUCUUAAUGGAUUUUAGGCAGUGGAACUUUCAUGUACUAAGCAGGUCUUAGGUUGGAUGAUAAGAAAUAAUCAUAUCAUCCAACCUAACCAACAGCAAGAAGUUGAAACUGUUACUAGAGUAUCCAGGGAUAUUAAUUUUCAAUAGGAUAAAUUGCUGGUAAGUAUACAUAUCGCUGUGCUUCAUGCUGAAAAACUCUGCUCUUCAUCAGUUUGCCAUGUGUUAAAGAGUACUUAAGCUUCUGACCUAUUUAAAAUCUCUUUGUAUUUAAUUCCUUUUUUCUAGCAUGGCUUUUUUCCUGGCACUGCUAAGCUGAGGUUCUUUUAAUGAAUUAUUUCUCAGCUUUUCCUCUCCUUCCAUUCUCCUUGGCAAAAUAAAUUUUAUUGAUGUAGCCCAUUAAAUAUUUAUCACGGCAGCCUUUCCCCUUCAGGCUGUGAUCUUGUCCGAUUUUGCAAGCUAAAUAAAAUUAGUCUGGUUAGUGCUUGGAAAGGAAACCUCCAAGA